AUGGCUAUGGUGUGUGUUUCAGACUUCGAAGCAUAUGCUAAAAAGUAUUUACCCAAGAUUGCUUGGGAUUAUUUUGCAGCUGGAGCAGAUGACUGUAGGACCCGAGAUGAAAACAUUUUGGCAUAUGAAAGAAUUCGUUUUCGGCCACGUAUGCUGCGGGACGUAUCCAUGAUGGACAUUAGCACUAAGCUCUUGGGAACUGAAAUCAGCUUUCCUGUAGGAAUUGCCCCUACCGGCUUCCACCAGCUAGCAUGGCCUGAUGGAGAGAAAAGCACAGCCAGAGCGGCCAAAGCGAUGAACACCUGUUACAUUGCCAGCACGUACUCCACCUGCACGCUGGAGGAAAUCUCUGCAGCCGCCCCCGGCGGCCUCUGGUGGUUCCAGCUCUACAUCCACCGCAACAGGGCGGUUUCCCAGCAGUUGGUCCGACGGGCGGAGGCCUUGGGUUUCCAGGGACUUGUCCUCACCGCGGAUCUGCCCUACACUGGCAAAAGACGUGACGAUGUCCGCAAUGGUUUCCGCCUUCCUCCCCACAUGAAACUGAAGAACUUGGAAGGAGCGUUUGAGGGACACGACCGUUCUGAGUAUGGACUUCCACCCAACAGCUUGGAUCCUUCAGUCACCUGGAACGAUAUCUACUGGCUGCGGAGUCUGACUCACCUGCCCAUCAUCAUCAAAGGCAUCUUGACAAAGGAAGAUGCAGAGCUGGCAGUGAGACAUGGAGUUCAAGGAAUCAUUGUGUCCAAUCACGGUGGAAGGCAGCUGGAUGGUGGACCUGCCACUAUUGAUGCUCUGGUCGAGGUUGUGGAGGCAGUACAAGGCAGAGUUGAAGUCUAUAUGGAUGGUGGAAUACGAAAAGGAAGCGACGUGUUGAAAGCACUGGCUCUGGGGGCAAAAUGCGUCUUCAUUGGAAGACCGGCUUUAUGGGGUCUGGCUUACAAGGGUGAAGAAGGUCUUCAGGAGGUUUUGAGGAUUUUGCAGGAUGAAUUUCGCUUGUCGAUGGCCUUAGCUGGCUGUGCCAACGUCUCAGAGAUUGGCCCACACCUAGUUCAGUUCUCGAAGCUGUGAACAGCCUCCUGCAAUGCCCAGUGAAGAGAAGCAGCUCAUGCUGAGGUCCCAACAAGACUGAAGAGAGAAAAA